CCCACCUUGUUUGUCUCUCUUCCAGUCAAGCUCAUCUCGUCUUCCUCCUCAUUUUCUCUUUCCAUCCUCAUCCAACCCCACAUAAAUCACAAUGGCUGGCGGUUUCGUUGGCACGGCUGAUACAGCCCGUGUGGAAGCACCCACGACAUGGAAGUCUUACAUGAUGUGCGCCUUUGCUGCCUUUGGCGGUAUCUUCUUCGGUUUUGAUUCAGGAUACAUCAGUGGUGUCCUCGCUAUGGAUUACUUUAUUCACCUCUUCACCGGCCUCCCGAUUCCUGGACCCAAUGCCACAACAGCUGAGACGAAUGCUUUUGUCAUUCCAACCCCACACAAGUCACUGAUCGUCUCAAUCCUGUCUGCUGGUACAUUCUUUGGAGCCAUCCUUGCCGGUGAUCUUGCCGAUUGGUUCGGACGAAGGACCACGGUCAUUCUGGGCUGCGUUGUCUACGGUAUUGGAUGUAUUCUCCAGACUGCAUCAACCGGACUUGGACUGUUGGUUGCUGGUCGUCUGAUUGCUGGUUUUGGUGUGGGUUUCGUCUCAGCUAUCAUCAUUCUGUACAUGUCAGAGAUUGCUCCCAAGGGCGUUCGUGGUGCCAUCGUCUCAGGCUACCAAUUUGCUAUCACCAUUGGUCUCCUCCUCGCUUCAUGCGUUGAUUACGCUACUGAGAACAGAACCGACAGUGGGUCUUACCGCAUUCCCAUGGCUCUGCAACUCGCAUGGGCUCUGAUCUUAGCUGGUGGAUUGCUCUGGCUCCCCGAAUCCCCCCGAUACUUUGUCAAGAAGGGAAAGCUCGAACAAGCUGCUCGAGUUCUCGAGAGACUUCGUGACCAGCCUGCCGGAUCUGAGCUCGUACAAGCUGAGCUCACUGAGAUCAUUGCAAACCACGAGUAUGAGAUGUCUGUUAUUCCUCAAGAAGGCUACUUCUCCAGCUGGGCCAACUGCUUCAAGGGAGGACUCAUGAAUCCAGCCAGCAACCUCCGCCGAACCAUCUUGGGAACGAGCUUGCAAAUGAUGCAACAGUGGACUGGAAUCAACUUCAUCUUUUACUUCGGAACCACUUUCUUCACCCAACUCCACACCAUCAACAACCCUUUCUUGAUCAGCUUGAUCACUACCUUGGUUAAUGUGUGCUCUACACCCAUCUCUUUCUGGAUUAUUGAAAGAUUUGGUCGCCGAUCCAUCAUGAUCUGGGGUGCUCUUGGUAUGCUCGUUUGCGAGUUUAUUGUCGCCAUCAUUGGUGUCACCGACUCCUCCAAGCCAGCCGUCUCUGCCAUGAUUGCUUUCAUCUGCAUCUACAUCUUCUUCUUCGCUACAACUUGGGGACCAGGUGCUUGGGUUGUGAUUGGUGAAGUUUUCCCUCUGCCAAUCAGAUCCCGUGGUGUUGCUCUCUCUACUGCUUCCAACUGGUUGUGGAACUGCAUUAUCACUAUCAUCACUCCAUACAUCACCUCGACUGCAGGUGGCGGUGUUGAUCUCGGACCCAAGAUUUUCUUCCUUUGGGGAUCUCUUUGCACGCUCUGCUUCAUCUACGCCUACUUCUUGAUUCCAGAAACCAAGGGUUUGACUCUCGAGCAAGUCGACAGAAUGUUGGAGGAGACAACUCCUAUGACUAGUGCUAAGUGGGUGCCACACAGCACCUAUGCUGCCGAGAUGGGCAUGACCGACAAGCCGGCUGAGGUUCACCACGUCGAGAUUGAAGCUACAAAGGAGGUUGUUUAAAAUGAUGAUGUAGUGGGGUAGAGGAUAGUAAUUAAUGAUUGUGAACAAACUCUUGCCUCUAUGCUCCUUCGUUCGUCGUGAUUUUGGUAAUUCCCGUCGUGGUAGUUAUCUUCCAAGCCAUUGGAUUAUUUUCUGUGAGUCUAUGUGGAAGUGAUGGGAUGUUCCAUUCACCCCUGUGCAAACAGAGAUUGUUGAUGUUAGACAAAGUGAUUGGCAUUGGCAAAGAUCGCUCACACCUUCGCGGAUCGCCUGCCAUCCUAGAUGAACUCCAGGAUAUUUAUUGCGAUCUUCUGGGAGUACCGUUGAAGAUCGCAGGGAUGGCAAACGCUAUGCUUUAGCCCGUUUUGUCAGAGAAAGGCAUCGGUGGAAGGGAGGGAAUACUGAGGCCCAAAGCUAGUCAUGGCGGUGAAACAUUUCAUUAUUUGACAAUUAUAUUGCUUGUAUUCUCAGAAAAAAAGGUCG